CCACGAAAAUUCCUUGAAAAGAAGGAAUUGUACGGAAGAAAUGCGCGGAAACUAUUCGAAACCUACCAAGAGGAAUGGGAACGUUUGGAACGUCUAUCAGAUCAACGUCUUGGUCCACGGCGCAAAUCGGUGCUCACUGAUGCGCACAGUAGACGAACAUCACCAGUGAGAGAGUACGCGAAGUCAGUUACGAGUGACACACGACUCGCGAACGAUACACGAACUCCAAACUCACUCAGUAACUCAUCCAGUUCUCAUCACCUCAACGCAUGA